AAAAAAAGUUGACACCCCCUGCAUAAAAUAAUCCGCUGGAUAAUAAAUUUAAUAAACCCUCGUGUUUUUUUAAUGUUUGUGUAAUCAAUAAUAUUUGAUUAACUGGUGAAUUGUGUUCUCCUGCCUUUUCUUUGAAAAUAACUAUGAUUCCAGUAUUGUAUUCAUAUUUUAGAAGUAGUUGCUCAUGGAGAGUAAGAAUCGCAUUAGCACUAAAAGGUGUGGAAUAUGAAUACAAAGCAAUCAAUUUGUUAAAGGGAGAACAGAAAAGUGAUGAUUAUCGAAGUAUUAAUUCUCAAGGGUUUGUUCCCCUUCUAGUAAUUGACGGUCAAAAGUUAUGUCAAUCUCUUGCUAUAAUGGAGUACUUAGAUGAAGUUUAUCCCGAAAUUCACCCUCUCUUACCUUGCAAAGAUCCUGUUAAGCGCUCUGAAGUUAGAGCUAUGGCAUUAUUGAUUGCAGCUGAUAUACAACCUGUGCAAAACUUGUCUGUUUUGAACUUUGUGGGAGAUGAAAAGAAAAUGGAUUUAGCUCAUUGGGUAAUUGAAAAAGGAUUCAAAGAUUUAGAAAAGUUGUUAGAAAAGCAUUCUGGGAAGUAUUGUUAUGGUGAUGAGAUAACCAUGGUUGACUUGUGUUUGGUGCCUCAAGUUUAUAAUGCAACCAGAUUUAAAGUGGAUAUGAGUCAGUUUCCAAUCAUAUCUAGGGUAAAUGAAGAACUAAGUCAACAUCCUGCUUUUAAAGUCGCCCAUUGGACUAAUCAGCCGGACUGCCCUCCUGAGCUUAAAGUUUAACUUUCUUACUUGAAAAUUUAUAUCAUUGUAAUUUUUCUUAAACAAAUUUUGUAACUUCAAAUAA